AAAACAUGUAAAAUACACGACAAAUUUCUUUAGAGCAAACAAGUUUCGUAAUACUUUAUGCCAUAUUCAGUUUGAUAAAGAAUUUUCUGUUACACAUUUUGUUCACCGUAUCAACAUUCACUUUGCACUGAAGAUGGCAUAAAGAAAGGCCGAAACAUGUUUGCUCUAAAGAACCUUGCUAUACAACUUGAAAAAUCGUCACAUAAUUUUUAAUAUUAUUCCUAAGCUUGCCUCAAAUGCGGCAGGUCUCUUUGACAACCCUGGAUGCGUGCGAGUGAGGUUGGAGAACAUGUUAUACACUAUACGGAAAUUACACAAAGUAUUGACCAAUUAAAGGUGAAACACAUGGCUGACUUGUAAACUUCUUUCCUUGAAUAAUCUCAACAUAAAUUUCAAUGGGUAGAAAAAGGGAGUUAAGUGAACUGGGAAAGCGAGGUCCUGGAAAAAAGGCAAAGAUUCAGCCUCCUCCAGAAAUAUUUUCUCAAGAUAAAGCAACAAAAACAAACAAACAUGAGAAGAAGAAAAAGCAGCCAGGAAGAAAAACCAAACAAAAUACUAAAGAGAAGAUGAAGUUGGAGAAAAACAUGAACUUAUUUGAGGACGGCAGUGAGGAUGAUGGGAUUGAUCUGGGUGAUGAUGAUUUUCUCAAUUCUGAAGAACAAGAAGAAAGUACACCAGCAGAUGAGUUUGGUCUUGAAUUAGACAGCGAUGGUUUGUCGGAUGACCAAGAUAAUUAUGAAGAUCAUGAAGAUGACCAGUUAAUGGCCAUUGAGAAAAAGUCUCGAAAGUUGGACAAGAAACUUAAAGAAAACAGAAUCUUGGGUGAUGAGGAACUUCAGACAAAUAUUGCCGAAAAACAUGUGUUUAUACUUCCUAGCGGACAAGAAAUUGAAAAAGAAUUGCUCGAACCCCCGGAUAUAACAUUGAUACAUCAAAGAAUUUGUGAAAACAUUAGCGCGCUGAACGAUUUCAAGAAGUGUAGAGAACCUGGCAGAAGUCGUAAAGAAUACGUUGACUUGUUAAGAAAUGAUCUGAUGAACUACUACAGUUACAGUGAAUUCAUGAUCAAUAAACUCAUCGAUAUUUUUCCGCUUUCGGAGCUUUUGGAAUUCCUGGAAGCAAAUGAAGUCCAACGGCCAGUCACUAUUCGUACUAACACGUUGAAAUGUCGUCGACGUGAUUUGGCACAGGCUUUGAUUAGUCGUGGAGUCAAUCUUGAUCCUAUUGGAAAAUGGUCCAAAGUUGGAUUGGUUGUGUACGACUCAUCUGUUCCAAUUGGUGCUACACCUGAAUAUCUUGGGGGCCAUUACAUGUUACAAGGUGCUUCGUCUUUGAUGCCCGUAAUGGCGCUUGCCCCUCAAGAUAACGAGCGAAUUCUUGAUAUGUGUGCUGCACCUGGAGGCAAAACAUCUUACAUAGGUGCUUUGAUGAAGAAUUCUGGAAAUAUAGUUGCAAAUGAUCAAAAUAAAGACAGAUUGAAAGCAUUAGUUGGAAAUCUACACAGACUAGGAGUGAACAACACAUUAGUGUGUAACUAUGAUGGAAGAUUAUUUCCUAAGAUUAUGGGUGGCUUUGAUCGUGUUCUCAUUGAUGCUCCCUGUAGCGGAACUGGAGUCAUAUCCAAGGAUAAAUCUGUUAAAACAAACAAGGAUGAAAAAGACAUUCAACGUUGCUCACACUUACAAAAGGAACUGAUUCUUGCUGCCAUAGAUUCCGUUGACGCACAAUCGUCAUCGGGAGGCUAUAUAUGUUAUUCUACGUGUUCUAUAUUGGUCGAAGAAAAUGAAUGUGUUGUUGAGUAUGCCUUAAAUAAACGACACGUUAAACUGGUUGAAACUGGUUUGGACAUUGGUAACGAAGGUUUUACGAAGUUUCGCGGUCGUCAUUUCCACGGAACGAUGAAAUUAACUCGAAGAUUCUACCCCCAUGUUCAUAAUAUGGAUGGAUUUUUUGUUGCGAAACUAAAGAAAUUUUCCAACAGCAUUCCGCAGACACUUGCUGAGGUUACAAAUGAUCACCAUAGUAUGGACGACAGAGCGAAAAGUUCUGAUGAAACAAAGAAUGAUAAAUCAAGCAAAAAGAACAAGAAGAGCAAGAAAAAAUAAAAAUUAACAAUUGCUUCGAAGAGGGAUUUUUAACUCUUUAGAGAUGUACGAAUUGAUUGUAUUUAAUAGAAUUACGUCUCAAAUAAAAUGUUUAUAUUCAUAUAGUA